UAGUUCAGUUUAUCUUCCGCUGACAGGAAGUGAAAGGUCCUUUUCCGCAGACUCCAACAUGGCCAGAGGACCGAAGAAGCAUCUGAAGCGUGUCGCAGCUCCUAAACACUGGAUGCUGGACAAACUCACUGGAGUAUUUGCUCCUCGUCCUUCCACCGGUCCCCACAAGUUGAGGGAGUGUCUGCCCCUCAUCAUCUUCCUGAGGAACCGCCUCAAGUAUGCCCUGACUGGAGAUGAGGUCAAGAAGAUCUGCAUGCAGAGGUUCAUCAAGAUUGAUGGCAAGGUCCGCACUGAUAUCACCUACCCAGCUGGCUUCAUGGAUGUGAUCAGCAUUGAGAAGACAGGAGAGAACUUCAGGCUCAUCUAUGAUGUUAAGGGACGCUUCACAGUUCAUCGCAUCACAAAUGAGGAGGCCAAGUACAAGUUGUGCAAGGUGAAGAAAAUCAUCAUUGGCACAAAGGGAAUCCCACAUCUGGUGACCCAUGAUGCGCGCACCAUCCGUUACCCUGACCCUCUGAUCAAGGUCAAUGAUACUGUCCGUAUUGACUUGGACACAGGCAAAAUUACAGAUUUCAUCAAGUUUGACACAGGUAACCUGUGCAUGGUGACGGGAGGUGCUAACUUGGGGCGUAUUGGGGUGAUCACCAAUAGAGAGAGGCAUCCCGGCUCCUUUGAUGUAGUGCACGUUAAAGACAGCACUGGCAACAGCUUUGCCACCAGGCUCUCCAACAUUUUUGUUGUUGGCAAGGGCAACAAGCCAUGGGUGUCCCUGCCCCGUGGAAAGGGUAUCCGCCUGACCAUCGCUGAGGAGAGAGACAAGAGACUGGCUGCCAAACAGGGCAGCAGUUAAGUCAACAGGACUAGCGCACACCUUAUUUCAAAUAAAAAAGUUAUUUACAACAA